AUGGUCGUAUCUGGAAACUGUCACUAUGCUAGGGACCGCGCCGUAUUCACGACCUACCGCUCCUUCGACCUGCGCCUGAAAAACAACAUCUUCAAUCCCACCGACGAGCUACACGUUGCGGGCGUCGGGACUGUCCAUCUCACCAUAUGUAAAAGCCCGCAGGAUCUGACGUCGCAUGUCAUCGUGCUGGAGGACGUCAUGUCAUGUAAUGCGGAUUACUGGAAGGGUGCGGAUCGGAGUGGGCAGCCGGUGUGGUUUAGUUUGCUGUUUGCGGGUCAUACGAGGUUGGUUUUGGCGGGGGAUCCGAAGGGUGAGUCUGAGUUGAUUGAGGGGAGGUAUUAUACGCUUAGCUUGUAUAUUACGCCGGAGGAGAAGAGGGAGCUGGCGGCUGGGUUGCGAAUGGGAAUGAAUACUCUUACACCAGGGAUUGAGGGAGUGACACCGAUGUGCAGAUAA